AUGGAUGAAUUCCCAGGGGACGACCCAGACAAUCUCCCUAAAGGCAGGGCCCGUUCGACCUGCCACGAAGCCCUGGAAAGGUUCUCGAUCAACUUGGUCAUACCUUCCGAGUACGUCGGCAUCAAUGGUUUUGGCUCUCUCGGCCGUGCGGGCUUUUGCAAGGCGUACGAGCACUUCUUUAUUGCUAAAAUCCCCAUGGAAAGGCUAACAAGCGAGCAAGCCUUCUCCAGCAAGAGCACGGUCAAGGCCGCAUCGGUCCAACCGGCCUUGAGAUCCAUGCCCGAAGGCUCAGGUGUGUUCAAGCUCAAAGACCCUUCCACGGGCAAGACGAGGACGGUCCUGCUCAGUUCUGAAUCCGAUCCUUCUCAAAUAACGUGGCAGGAUCCAGAGCGGCGCGCCUUCCAUGUCAUCGAGUGUUGGGGCAAGUUCACGACCGUCGAACAGGCAUUCGCCCGAAUCCAAACCGACUACCACACAGCGGAAGAGGCUAGAGGCGCCCUGAAGGUGCUGAUAGCUGCGGCUGCGACUGAUGCGCCACGAUUUUACCCCGGAAUCAACCUGAGAGACUACCGAGUAGAGCAGAAUGUCUUCGCCUGUGCCCCGCCGGCAGACUCGACUAAUGCAAACAAUAAUGACCAGUGCCCUAACGAUUAUACGGACCCAACGCCGUGA